UCCGGCUGACCCAAAGGGCCAAGAUGCAGGAGGUCGCUCUUCCUGACGUUGACUCGAUACUCAUAUCGGCACCGGGCAAAGUUAUCCUCUUUGGAGAGCAUGCCGUGGUCUAUGGAAAGUCUGCGGUAGCUGCAAGCUUGGGGCUGAGGACGUAUGCGUGGAUGCGCCCAACUGGGGACCAGACUGUCACCCUACGACUUCCAGAUAUCUGUUCCUCUGCAAUCCAGUGGGAUUUGACUGCUUUGUCUGACUUUGUUACGUCGCACAAUGGCGAAGGUGCAGCUGACACCUUAUCAUAGUCGUAUCGUCCUGUGAACCUACAUCGCUCACUGAUAACAAGGAAGCGGCUGCUCAACCUCUACUGAAGAGUAUUGCCAUGGUACCGGGGGCUCGCCAAGCCUCCCUAGCGUUCUUGCAUCUAUAUACAUCCCUUUUCAAGGAGCCGCAGGGUAUCGAAGUCUGCGUCCGCUCUGCGCUACCCGUCGGUGCCGGGCUUGGCUCCUCGGCGUCCUACAGCGUAUGCAUUGCCGCGGGUCUGCUGGCGCUAAACGGAUAUGUAAAAAUGCCAAAGAUGUCAAAUACAGCAUACGAUGCUACUGAAUUGAAAUUGGUCAAUGACUGGGCCUUUGUCUCCGAGAAGGUCAUUCACGGCAACCCCUCUGGCGUGGAUAAUGCGGUUUCCACCUACGGUGGUGCCAUGCUUUAUACGAACGGGAAAAUGGAGCCACUCAACGGCUUUAAGUCUAUCCAGUUCAUCUUAACGGACACGUGCGUUCCGAAAAACACCAAAGCGCAAGUGGAGAAUGUACGAAUCCGGAGAGUCCAGUUUGGUCCAAUAUUAGAUCCUCUCAUGGAUUCAAUGCAGGGAAUCAGUAAUACAUGCAAGGAUCUCUUUGGCGCUCUAGAGCAGUCUGAUAUAACGCUUUCGGACGUGCUCACCGGAAUGGAGGAACUCGUCGAUAUGAACCACUGCAUUCUGGCGGCAUGCGGAGUAAGCCAUCCUAGUUUGGAGAGAAUUCGCCAAUUAACUGCCAGAUAUGGGCUACGCUCUAAAUUAACUGGGGCUGGAGGGGGUGGCUGUGCGUUAACACUUCUGAGGGAUGACACCGGAGUUGAUCUCAUUGAGAAGGUCAAAUCUGAAUUGCGUGCAGAGAGCUUCCGUUGCUUCGAAACCUCGGUCGGCUGUCAUGGAGUCCGCUGGGCAAGUUUGCCCCUUGAUUCCAAGGAUUGGAUGGACCAUUGGAAGCAUUUUGUAGAGAAUAGAAAUGUUGACUGGAACAUAUUAUCAAAUAUAUAGACUUACGAAUAGAAGCCAGUCUAUUCCUCUAUGAGAUCAUCGUAAACUCAUCAAAGUG